AUGGCGCCCGUCGACCCCCAAGCCGCCGAGCGCAUCCGCUACCGCAAGUCGCAGUACUGCCGCUGGGCCGACACAAACGACUGGGACAAGUUUGACGGCCUCAUGGUCCCCGAGUUCACCUUUGACACGGUCGACGAGGCGGGCAAGGACGUCGUGCUCUUCGACGUCGCCUACAAGUGGAAGUCGCGCGCCGAGUGGGUCGCCUACUUCAAGGCGCACUUCGCCGAGCAGCAGACGAUGCACAUGACGGGGCCCGGCGAGCUCGAGCAGGUCGGCGCCGACGAGGUCAAGGCCAUCUUUGGCGUCAUGUUCUUUGCCGGGCCCAAGGGCUCCACGGGCGGCGUGCACGUCGCGGGCGGGGGCCACUACCACGAGACCUGGGUCAGGAUCGGGGACGAGUGGUGGAUGAAGGACGUCAAGAUGAUGAACUUGUACUACAAGGUUCUUCCCGUGCCGUGA